AAUACCAUUUUUCUUACAGUUAUCAGGCGAUGAGGAGUGGACAAGUUAGUCAACCCACCGCCACCAGCAAAGACAUCUUGAACGCCUGCUCGACUGCUAGCGCAACAAUAGCCAACAGCAAGAGCAGUCCAGCACAUCAAGGUUUUCCCAACUAUUCUGGAGCAAAUGUGGACAAACAAUACCUCAAUCCCUACAUCGGAUACGCUCAAAUUCAACCCACUGAGUUAUCAUCGGCUCUAUCCGAGAUGAACAACCCCGGAGAAUAUCAUGGACCGACCAUCAACAAGCCGUCGAUGGGCUCUGGAAAUGCCACUCCUGGUGACUAUGAGAGCAAAAGACUAUCGGCGGCUCGCGCUUUGAGGUCGAAACCUCAACCAGGGGCGCCAAGAGUGCCGCAUAACUCAUGGUCUGGAUACGGGUUUAGUUUUACCAGCCCUGGCGGAUUUCUAACCGACAAUGACGAUAACAUUUGGCUGCCAAAUUCCCUAAGACCGACCGAACCGACUAACGAAAUGUACAGGAACGCUGUGAUGAACACGAGUAAUUUUCUGGAUAAUACGCCUACUCACAUUUGGGAUAGAGUCUGCAACAGGUAAAUGUACUGUAUUUGCACAAUAU